AUGCUUGCCUCCAGACAGGUUCUGGGCAACUUGGCCCGGGGCCGCGUCCUGAAUGGCGCUUCUACCAGUCUUCGUCGCAUGGCGACGGUCUCCGAUUCUUCGCUUGACAAGAAGGUUCGCCAAAACAUCUGGGAAGACAACAACUUCAUUAACUAUAAGAAAAUGUCCGAAAACCUGGCUGUUGUCCGCAGCCGCUUGAACCGACCGCUCACAUAUGCUGAGAAGAUCUUGUACUCUCACUUAGACGACCCUCAUGGUCAAGACAUUGAGCGUGGCAAGUCCUACCUGAAGCUGCGACCAGAUCGUGUUGCCUGCCAGGAUGCUACCGCACAGAUGGCUAUUUUGCAAUUCAUGUCCGCUGGCAUGGACCAGGUUGCGAACCCAACCACUGUUCACUGCGAUCAUUUGAUUGAGGCUCAGGUCGGUGGCGAGAGGGAUCUUGCCCGUGCUAUUAGUAUCAACAAGGAAGUUUACGACUUCCUUUCUUCUGCCUGCGCCAAAUACAAUAUCGGUUUCUGGCGCCCUGGAUCUGGUAUUAUUCACCAGAUCAUCCUCGAGAACUAUGCUUUCCCUGGUGGACUGCUCAUUGGAACUGACUCCCACACUCCCAACGGUGGCGGUCUGGGAAUGGCUGCCAUUGGCGUCGGAGGUGCUGAUGCUGUCGAUGUCAUGGCCAACCUGCCAUGGGAAUUGAAGGCUCCCAACGUUAUUGGUGUCAAGCUUACCGGCCAGUUAUCUGGCUGGACAGCUCCCAAAGACAUCAUUCUCAAGGUCGCCGACAUUCUGACCGUCAAAGGCGGCACUGGUGCCAUUGUUGAAUAUCAUGGACCUGGCGUAGACACUAUCAGCUGUACCGGCAUGGCUUCGUGCGCGAAUAUGGGAGCUGAAAUUGGAGCUACUACGUCUGUUUUCCCGUUCAACGACCGAAUGUACGACUACCUCGCCGCUACCAAACGCAAAGACAUCGGCGACUUUGCGCGUGGGUAUGCGUCAGAGCUGCGUGCUGAUGAAGGCGCCGAAUACGAUCAACUUAUCGAACUCAAUUUGUCAGAACUUGAGCCUCACAUCAACGGUCCUUUUACUCCUGAUUUGGGCACCCCGAUCUCAAAAUUCAGCCAAGCUGUGAAGGAGAAUGGCUGGCCAGAAGAGCUCAAGGUCGGCUUGAUUGGCUCCUGCACCAACUCAUCAUACGAGGACAUGUCCCGCGCAGCGUCUAUUGCACGAGAUGCGUUGGACCACGGCUUGAAAGCCAAGGCCGCCUUUACUGUAACUCCAGGAUCUGAACAGAUCCGCGCUACUAUUGCGCGAGAUGGACAGCUCAAGACCUUUGAGGAGUUUGGCGGCAUGGUUUUGGCAAAUGCCUGUGGUCCCUGUAUCGGUCAGUGGGACCGUCAGGACGUGAAGAAAGGCGAAGCCAAUUCCAUUCUGUCUUCCUACAACAGAAAUUUCACCGGCAGAAAUGACGGUAACCCUGCCACUCACUCUUUUGUUACGUCCCCUGAUCUUGUAGUCGCUCUCACCAUUGCCGGCAGCCUGCACUUCAAUCCUCUCACUGAUAAACUCAAGGACAAGGAUGGCAACGAGUUUCUCCUGAAACCCCCCACUGGAGACGGGUUGCCUGUCCGAGGUUACGACCCUGGAAAUGACACAUACCAGGCACCUCCCAAAGAUCGCAUGGGUGUCACCGUGCAAGUUGCGCCAACCUCGGAUCGUUUGCAGGUCCUCCAACCCUUCCAGCCUUGGGACGGAAAGGACGUCAAAGACAUUCCGAUCUUGAUCAAGGCGAAGGGAAAGACCACUACUGACCACAUCUCCAUGGCAGGCCCUUGGUUGAAAUACCGUGGCCACCUGGACAACAUCUCCAACAACAUGCUCAUUGGCGCCAUCAAUGAGGCUAAUGAUGAGGCAAACAAGAUCAAGAACUUUACAACUGGCGAUUGGGACGCGGUCCCCGCCGUCGCACGCGACUACAAAAAGAAGGGCAUCAAAUGGGUCGUCAUUGGUGACUGGAACUACGGUGAGGGUAGCUCUCGUGAGCAUGCCGCUCUGGAGCCUCGCCACCUUGGUGGUCUUGCCAUCGUUACCCGAAGCUUUGCUCGUAUUCACGAAACGAACCUAAAGAAGCAAGGAAUGCUUCCUCUUACUUUUGCUGACCCAGCUGAUUACGACAAGAUCAAGCCUGAUGAUAAGGUUGAUAUUCUCUGCACACAGCUCGCCGUUGGUGAGCCUAUUACAAUGGUGGUCCACCCCAAGGACGGCAAGUCUUUCGAGGUUCCCCUACAGCACACAUUCAACGAGGCUCAGAUUGAAUGGUUCAAGAAUGGAAGUGCUCUCAACACCAUGGCCAAGACCGCCUAA